UAAAAGUGUGAGGGCCGAGGAGUGGCAAAAUGAAUUUAAGCAAGUUGGAUUUAUUCUACCGAAGGCUCAUCUUAACAAAAUUCUAUACCAGAGGAUGGGGUAAACCAGAAGAACUGCAGGAAAUAUUGAAGGUCCAUGGUGUGAUUUCCAACAGGGAUUCAUGUUUGGAUUAUGUUAAUGAUCACAUAUCUGAAUCUAAUGUGACCUUGGAAAAUCCAGUCUCAAGCAAUGGGUGCGUGACUGUCGAUGGUAGUUUCGUUUCUCCAGUCUGUAAACUUUUACCCAAACAGCUACCAGAAGAAUGUAAGACGUCACACUUCCAAAUGGUGUUACCUGCAACUCUAAGGAAAUCCAAACCAGAUAGUAUUACUUCUUUGAAAAGAAGAAUAAAGCAACUUGACUUAAAUCCGCUGUGCAUUCAUAUGGCUGGAACGGGCGACCAUGGGUUUUCUAGAAGACGAGAACUCAUCGCUAAGCCGUUAUUGUCGCAUGGAAUUUCUUCUUUAUUGUUGGAAAAUCCGUACUAUGGUUUACGAAAACCAAAAGAUCAAUCUCGUUCCGGUUUGCUACAUGUCAAAGACCUAUUUUUAAUGGGUCUAUGCCUUAUUUUAGAAACUCAAGUUCUGCUAAAAUGGCUUGAAAAAGAAGGUUUUGGGCCGUUCGGUCUUACUGGUAUAUCAAUGGGUGGACAUAUGGCUUCAUUAGCAGCCACAACUUCACCUAAACCCGUCGCUGUUGUACCUUGCAUGUCUUGGACUUCUUCUUCUGUAGUUUGGACAGAAGGGGUUCUUAGUAACGCCAUACCAUGGAGGGUGUUGGAAUCUCAAUAUGCAAAAGAUCCAAAUUAUGAGACCCAAAUCAAUGACCUGAUUAAAUAUAACACUGUGGAUUCCUAUGAAUUAGGUAAAGACUAUGUGAAAGAUAAAGGUGCUCUGAAACCGACAUAUGUAAUGAAAAAUGUUGCUGGGGAUCAGGUAUCGGAGAAGGAUGACAGAGAGAGAAGGCGGAAACAGACCCUUAGAUUUAUGAAAGGUGUUAUGGAUCAAGUGACAGAUCUCCAAAAUUUUUCAGUUCCAAUUGACCCAUCAAUGGCAACAUUCGUAAUCGCGAAAGCUGAUGCGUAUUAUCCGAUACAUAGUUUACGACCAAUGAAUGAGGUCUGGCCUGGUUGUGAGGUGAGGCUACUCAACACAGGACAUAUAGGUGGAUUUUUGAUGCAUCAAACCGAUUUCUGUAAUGCUAUUGUUGAUACUUUCUCAAAACUUAUAGAGAAAUAUCACUCAUCGAAAGAGAGCAACAGUUGCGGUAAUGAAACCGUGAAUUUGAAUGAAUCGGAAGAAAGUGAAACUACUUCCAGCCCUAUCACUAUUCGUGAAUCCGAUAACAAUUCAAGCAUCUCAAAAAGUAAAACUACUCUUUUAAUGGCUUUAUUUCAAACCCUCAGAAUAUUUGCAAUCAAGUCAUAAUGUCUUGAAAAGGAGGAGGAUCGGAAGGAAGCCCAUUCAUUGGCUCUUCAAUCACCACAGUAUUUCAAAUAUACUUUACUUUAGAAAGAUUUGUUUCAUCCAUUUUUUGUUACAAGGUUCAAUUUUCUCGUUUUUUUUUCCUCAAUAAAUUCAUUAUCUAAUCUUUUAUUAGAAGAUUUAAUUUUCUUGUUUAUAAUCCCAAUCUUUUUUUCCUGCUGUAAGUUCAUUUACGACAAAGAUAUGGUAAACGCUAGCGACAGUUAAGAUGUAAACUAGUUUUCCAUCUAUUGUAACUCCUUUUAUAUACUGUUGUACUUGCAAUUGAAGAAAGUUUCAGUUAUUUCUAAAACAUAUUUAUGCAGUCAUGUUUGCCUCAGAUGUGUCAAUGGUCAGGAUGUCGUAUUCACUAUAAUACAAUACUUUGAAAACAUGUUAUUGGUGCAUAAUCUGAACCCUGAUUGUGAUGUUGUAAUGCGCUGUUGCUGGGUGUUUGAGUCAAUAAAAUGACAAAUAUGUGG